AUGACGAACGUAGCAAGAGAACUACUUAAAAAGCAAUUUAUUGAGCUGUCUCGAGAUGCGCCUAGUGGCUGCUCCGUCGGGCUGGAUGACGACGCGAAUUUCUUUAGCUGGCGAGUGUGCUUUGAGGGUCCCCCGGAUACCUUUUACGAAGGCGGUAUCUUCCAAGCCUCCCUCAAGUUUCCUCCCGAUUUUCCAAACAACCCACCAGAGAUGGUCUUUGAACAAGACAUGUGGCACCCUAAUGUGUUUCCAGACGGCCGCGUCUGUAUCAGCAUUUUGCAUCCACCGGGGCAUGACAUGUUCAACGAGCAGGAGAAGGCGGAGGAGCGGUGGCGACCUAUACUAGGCGUCGAAGCCAUCCUUCUCUCUGUCAUUUCUAUGUUGGGGGAACCAAAUAUUGAAUCGCCAGCGAAUGUGGAUGCGGCAAACAUGUACAAAAACAAUUUGCAAGAGUACAAGAAAAAGGUGCGUGCAAUCGCAAGGAAAAGUGUUGAAGGCUGA